GUUGGAGGAGUUGCCAAUUGUGCCAAAAAGAAAGAAAAGACAUUAACCUCGUGCGUUAUAUGUGUUGUGUAUCUGACGGAUACACAUUAAAUAUUCCUUUUAAAAAAACUCACAUGAAAAAUCCUUUUUAUCAUUACUUCUUCCUCUCGCGCUUCUUCCAUCUCAAAAACUAUCUCCAAACUCAUCUCUCUCUAUUUCUCUCCCUCUCUCUCUCUCUCUCUCUAAUCGAUCUCAGAUCAAAGAAAGAUGUCUAAAGCUACGAUAGAGCUCGACUUCCUCGGACUUGAGAAGAAACACACCAACAACGCUCCAAAGCCUAAGUUCAAAAAAAUUCUCGAUCGCCGUCGCAGUUUCCGAGAUAUUCAAGGUGCGAUUUCGAAGAUCGAUCCGGAGAUUAUCAAAUCGCUGUUAGCAUCCGGUGGUAACAGUUCCGAUACAUCGACCAGAUCUCUUUCUGUUCCGUCUACUCCCAAAGAACAUCAGCCUCCUCAGAUCCCGGUUUCUCCGGUCCACGCGCCUCUCACCAGGCCCAGUACGGAACUCGUCUCUGGAACCGUUCCUAUGACGAUAUUCUACAAUGGAAAAGUCUCCGUUUUCCAAGUGUCUCGUAACAAGGCUGAUGAUAUUCUGAAGGUCGCCAUGGAAACAGCAACAAAGAAAGACACAUCGAUGGAGAAAGAUCUUUCGGUAAUUCCCCCGACCACCCUUAGACCAAAGCUCUUUGGCCAGAAUCUUGAAGGAGAUCUUCCCAUCGCAAGGAGAAAGUCACUGCAAAGGUUUCUUGAGAAGCGCAAGGAGAGGUAAUUCUUCUCCUACCAUCCCCAAGGAUUUUACCCCAAAAAAAUAUAAUAAGAUUAGUAUCAACAUCUCCUUACUUUCCGACAUCGGCCUAAACGAAACUUCUUUCUCUUUUUUCUGAUUGGGACUUGAAACCGAAAUGGUCAUUUCACAUUCCAAGACAUCGAUAUGCGUUUUGCAUUUGGCUUCUUCCCAAUCUUUUGGAAUCACGACACGCUUUAUAUUAUGUUACCUUCUAAGCAUAUAUAUAUACUCGAUAAAUACUCUGGUAUUUCUUUUCUUUUUUUAAAUGAUUAUUAUCUCCAAUGAAUGUCUGACACUUUGAUUUUAAGAAGCGCUUUUAUA